GGACUUCAUGGGUUGGGAGGAAGAAUGGGAACUAGAAUAAUUGAUCCUCAGCCUCUGAUAUUUGACCAUGCGGUGCAAUUCUUUACCAUAAGUGAUUCUCAGUUUGCUGAGCUGGUUGAUGGAUGGUCCAAUAAAGGCCUGGUACGACAGUGGCAGGGAACAAUAGGACAGCUUGAAGCUGGUGGUCGGUUUGUUUCAUUUCCUUCUUCGACUCCAAGAUAUAUAAGUGUUAAUGGUAUGCGCCCUCUGGCUGAUUCAAUACUGUGUCAGGCUUCUAUGGUUAAUGUGGUGCGGCCUUGCUGGAUAAGUACACUCGAGCCUUUUAAUGGGAUGUGGCACCUGAGUGAGAAUGGAAAACCACAUGGGAAGUUUGAUGCAAUUGUUAUCGCACAUAAUGGGGUAUCGGAAGGUUUCAAGUGGUUGACUCCUAAAAUCCAAGCCUCAAAUGCUCGAGAGACCCUACCUAGUCUUGGAAUUGUAGCUCACGCCUAA